AUGAAGGGAAUUACACAACAAUCGACAAGAAUAGACCCGGACGUGUUAAUUGAAGACAAGAAACUUGGGGAAGGAUCGUUUGGCGUUGUCUAUAAAGGAAGUUAUUUAGGAAAUGUUGUUGCUAUUAAAAAGAUGAAAAAUUCGACUUUUGAUGAAAAGGCGUUUGAUGAAUUUGAGAAAGAAGUUUCAAUGUUGGACAAAUUUCGAAGUGAGUAUAUCGUCCACUUCUAUGGAGCUGUCUUUAUACCAAAUAAAAUAUGUAUGGUCACCGAAUUUGCACAAUAUGGCAGUCUACAGGACUUGAUGAAACACAAAAAGAGUGAAGAAGUUGAUAUGAAAAUUCGAGUUAAAAUGAUGAUUGAUGGAGCUAGAGGUGUAUUGUAUUUACAUGAGAACGGGAUACUACACAGAGACAUCAAACCAGACAACAUUCUUGUUAUUUCACUUGACUUGAAUGAGAAGGUCAAUGCUAAAUUGACAGAUUUUGGAAGUGCUAGAAAUGUCAACAUGUUGAUGACUAACAUGACUUUCACAAAGGGUAUUGGAACACCAGUGUAUAUGGCUCCUGAAGUAUUAAAUCAAGAGAAGUAUAAGAAGGAAGCGGAUAUCUUCUCAUUUGGAGUAACUUUGUAUGAAGUCUUUGGGUGGUCUGAGGCUUAUCAAAAUGAUAUAUUCAAAUUUCCAUGGAAAAUCGCGGAGUUUGUUAUAGAGGGAAAACGUCUUGAGAGAAAAGAAGAAGUUCCAGAACGGUUGUACAGAGUGAUUGAAACGUGUUGGAAACAAAAACCAGUUGAAAGAAUUGAAAUUGGAGAACUUGUGAAUAUAUUAUCGCAACAAUGA